AAAAUAAACUCCACACGUGGUUCUACGUUUAUCUGAGGUUGUUGUUAGAGUUUGCGAAGGUGAUAUUUGACGACAAUAAAUCCCUGUGCUAACUAAAUUGCCAAACCCUUAAAUAAAAAGAUGGCCGCACUCUUUGAUGAGGGAAGUUCAGAUGAAGAAGGGAACUUAAAAAUCAACACAAAUUAUGCUGACAAGUAUAACCAAUGGCGAGAGAAAGAAGAGUACCAAAAAUUGAAAGAUAAGUAUGGAGAGACAGGCGCCAUGAGAAUGCUAGCAAAUGGAGAUGAUAGUUCUAGCACUUCUGAAUCAGAAGAUGAAGAUGGAGAAGCUUGGGAUUCUGAAGUAGAGAAACAGUUUUUUCAAACCUUGGCAUCAUUGAAGAAAAAAGAUCCUAGCAUUUAUAAUGCAGAAAAGAAGUUUUUUGACAAAAAUCUCCAACCUACACUACCAAAGAAAUCAACAAAACCUGAAGCUUCAUUCACCCUCAGAGACUAUGAACGAAAGAUUAUUUUGGAAAAAGGAGGACGGAUGAGUGACGAUGAGGAUGUUCCACCCCAGACUUUCCAUGAAGAGCAAGAGCAAUUGAAAAUUGGUUUCAAGGCUGCCCUACAGGAUUCUGACUCAGAAACCGAAGACUUAUUCAAGAUUCGUCCCAAAACCAAUGAACAGAAGGAAAAAGAAGAAGAAGAAUACAAGGAAUGGUUGAAAGGUAGAAAAGAAGAUAUUUCUAAUGAAGAAACAAAAAAACAAUUGGAACCGCUGAAACAAUACUGGUCAGAUCCAAAGUUGGAUGAAAAUGAAGCAUUUCUGAAAGAUUUUUUUCUCAAUAAAAGAUACAAGUGUUCUGAAGACAAGAAUUACAUCCCCACCUACGACGAAGUUGUUCACGAACCAGAAGGCGAUCUCAGUGAAGACGAAAAGAUCUUGGAAAAACAAUUGGAAUUUGAACAUAAAUAUAAUUUCCGAUUUGAAGAACCUGAUCCAGAAUUCAUCAAAAGGUAUCCGCGAACUAUUGCUGACUCAAUGAGAAGGCCUGAUACUAGCCGAAAAGCAAAAAGGGACGAAGUAAAAGAACGCAAAAAACGAGAAAAACAAGAAAAGAAAGAAGAACUGAAAAUGCUAAAGAAAUAUAAAUUAAAGGAAAUCCAAGAGAAGCUUGAGCAACUCAAGAGCAUCACCGGCAACGCCUCCCUCCCGUUUCAAGAUGAUGAUCUUCAAGGUGAUUUCGAUCCAGAACAGUAUGACAAGAAAAUGGGCGAGAUUUUCAAUCAAGAUUACUACCAUGUCAACGACGAAGAUCAAAAGCCAGAAUUUCCAUACGAUCCAGAGAUCGAUGACGAAAAUUGGGAUGACUAUAAAGGUCAACAAGCAGAUCCUUCUACUAGUGGUGAAAAUGAUUAUGAUGACUAUGAAGGACCGCAUUGCGAAGAUCCAGAUUUUAAUAUGGACUGUGACUACGAGGACGCUAAAGAAGAAUCUAAAAAGGAAAUGAUCGAAAUGACUCGACCUCGUAAUAGAGGACGGAAAAAGUCCAUUUUCGCCCAGAAAUUGGAAACAAAAAAGCCCGUGUUCGACCCGCAGCAAUAUCCAAAUUAUGAAGAGUAUCUAGAAGAAUAUUAUAAGCUUGAUUAUGAGGAUAUUAUAGGUGAUCAGCCUGUCCGAUUCAAAUACAGAACAGUCGUCGAGAACGACUUUGGUUUGGAUGUAGAAGAGAUUCUUGUUGCAAGAGAGAAAGAGCUAAAUCAAUGGUGUUCAGUGAAGAAAAUGUCGCAAUAUAGAACGGAAAGGGAAGAAAUGGGAGACUAUUACACAUACAUUACUAAAAAGCGGAAUUUAUCCCUAAAGAAAAGGAUUUUGCCAUCGGUUUUUGUUGAAAAUCCAGAGGAACUUAUGGUAGCAGAUCAAGAAAAGGACCGAAAGAAACGCAGAAGAAACCAAGGGAAAGAUGAAAAUCCUGAACCGCAACAAAUUCAGAAUCACGAAGAUCAUCAAGAGAUCCCAGAAGAAACUGUUCCAAAGAAGAAGAAACGAAAAAAUAAAGGAAAAGACGGAAUGUUAGACUUAGAGACCAAUCAGUUCCAAACUAUUGACCUAAACCAUUCCGAGAAAACGGAACAAGCUGGUCAUAAGAGGAAAACGGAAAAAACAAACGAUAGUGACUUACAAAUAGAACAACAGCCGCAGCCAAAGAAGUUAAAAAUCGAUAAACAGCCAGCGGAAGGUGAAAUUAUCGUGGAAGCAAUAAAGCCCAUUAAAGAGAAUGUGAACACCAACAAGAAAAAAAAGAAGAAAAACAAAAAAAAUAUUGCUAAAACAAAUGACAAACCUGUGUCUACCAUUGCAAAUGAACCUUCCAAGAAACAAGCUGAUAGAACGCAGAUUCUAUCAGUUUCAGAAAAACCAGAAACAAUUGACAAAAAGGACAAGGCUGGGCAACCCAACCCAUCGAAAGGUGAUACGCCCAAAAAGAAAGUCAAAUCCAAUAUGAAGCCAAUCGACGCUAAUUCCCUAGGAACGAGUGAGCCACAAAAAACGGAAUCGGCACCCAACAGUGAAAAGAAAAAAAAGAAGAAAAAUAAAAAGAAGAAAAACAAAAAUCAAACAGCGAACGGGACAAAAAUUGCCCAACUUGCAAAUAAAGCCAACAAGAAAUCGGCCACGAUUCGGGGCUUCGACAUUUCUGAUGACCGUCUCAAAGCGUAUGGCAUCCGGAAUCCCAAGAAAUUCAAGAAUGCCAUGAUAUUUGGCAACAAGAAAAAAGGGCAGGCAUAGAGCAUCGUGAAAGUCACCAAUGUACGUUGCAAAAUAUUGUAUGGUUUGAUUGAACUGAAGUGCAUAUUCCGAAAUGUUUUCUCUAAAAUAAAAGACGUUCAUUCUUCGAA